AUGACGCUGCCUGCCGUUGGUCAGCUGUUCGACGUGAAGGUUGUGAUCGCGUCGAGUCCGAACUAUUUCAUCGUCCAACCGUACGCUAACGCUCAGCAGCUCAACCGAAUGAUGCACGAACUGCAGGACUUUUGCAUGCAGAAAGCCCAACCGGUUCGGAAGGAGAACGUGCGACAGAACGAGGUGUACGCGGCCCUUAACACGGACGGUCACUGGUAUCGUGUGUCCGUCAUAAACAUUUUAGUUGGGCCCACACCGAUUCAUGUGUUUUUCUGCGAUUUCGGUCGCAUCGGGGUACUGGAUGUGAGCGCGUUGCGCAUGCUGCCAGCGAACUUCCGCGUCCUACCGCAACAGGCGAUCAAGGCCAAGCUGCACGGUGUUAAACCACUGCACAAGGAUUGGCAGGCAGAGGAUGCGGUCCGCUUCCAAAGGCUGACGGUUGAUCGCAAAUUCGCCAGCAUCGUCCGUGGCAUCCAGGCGGACGAGAUAAAUCGGGCCGAGAAGCUGCUGGAGUUAGAAUUGAUCGAUGUUUCGAGCGAAGAAGAUAUUUAUCUGAACAAGACCCUCGUGGACGAAGGUCGGGCCGUGUACACUGCGGCACAAGCAGUUUAAACAGAGGCUGCCAACAACUGCGCACAUUUUACUUUUAGUGCCACCAUCUCUGGAAACGUAUAUGAGUACAUUAAUACCCCCUAGUUUAACUAUUUCAGCGUAGCAUAACUCUAGAUUUCUAUGCGGUAGAUUUCUAUACGCGUUUCGAGUAAUGCUAUCACUAUUUAAUCGAAUUGACGACUCUAGUAGCUUAAACGACGCUACAACAAAUCUCCUUGCAUCGGCAGAGAGUGUUUUAAAAUCGACCUAUCAUAGAGAUGAAUCGCGGAUUGUCGUUUUUGUUUUGCUCUAGUAUUGAUAAGCAGCAUUCCAUAAUUAAAUCAUUAUUUAUUAAUCUCUAACAAACAGCGCCUGUUACGGUUAGCCUCAGAAAACGCAACGGAGCAUACUCAUAGUGCAUAUGAAUUCUAAAAUUGCGUUCGCUUGGAGCAAUCCUCGUACAGGAUUCAAUGCUGCGCAAAUGGCUUCGCUUAUAUCGAUGUUGAUAUUGCUCCUCGUCGCUCCAAAACUCAAACUUUUUUAAAGCCUUAGAUAACCGAAUUGGGGAUGAACUUUGUUAAAGUGUAACGUGUUUUUAUUAGAUUUUUAUACCUACAUUUAUACCCCAUUAUUCCCUUCCAUGCCAGAAGCGAAGGUACGAUGAUCACCUGAUGAAUGAAGCACGAGACCUUAUUAAAGCAAGCCGUGGCGUCAGCGUCUUG